AUGCCACGCACACCUAUUUACCCUGAAGUGGAGCAUUUAAUUUUCCUCAAGAAACGUGCAAAGCUAGAAAAGAUCAAUUCUGAAAGUAAAAAGGACAACUCAACCACUCAAAACCCUAAGAGAACAUUUCUUACCAAGAGGAGGGGCAUAACUCUGCAAGAAGCCCCCACUACAAAAAACUAUAAUCUAAAGCUAGCAGAACUUUUACAAAUUAAACUUGGAAUCAACUUAUCAAAGAUAUACUCUCUCUCUAUUCCAUUUGCAACUUUCUGCAAGAAUACUCCCAAACAAAGCCAGUUCUUUGGAAAAGUGAUUAGGGGCAGCUCAGAUGAUGUAGGGCCAAUUCUACAGGAUUACAAAGACACGAAAAGGGAAAUAUCUGCAGAACAGAAUCUAGAUAUGGUUCAACUUACAAGUUCUUUUGUUGAACUAUCCGCCACUUUAAAUGGUAGCUUGUUUGUUCCAGAAAAUAGAUUAAAGAAUUAUGGACAAUUUCUGCCAACUGCAUGUGAAACUAUCGCAACAACAUACAAUAACUACUAUGUUGAAAACUUUGAAAACAUUAUAUGGCAAAGUAUCCGAAUGCGAAGAUUGGCUGUAUCAAGAACUUGGCAUAUGAUCAAGUGCUUACACAUUCCUAGUCAUCCUCUAUACCUAAUGAUAUUCUUGCCCUUUUUUGAUCCGGAUGUGGCCAAUAAUCUUCCAAGUUUCUUAAAUCCUUUGAUUUCAGAAGUGAACAAUUGCCUGUCCAAGCUUCCAGUGUCUAAAGAAAGCUUAAACAAUGAACCCUUCAAAAUUCUAUCCGCAUUAAGGGCAUAUCCUUAAAAAAAAAAUACGAUGAUAUAUACAAGGCCCAUACUCCUCAAAAUGACAAAAGCGAUUUGAUCAAGUCCCUACUUCCAAGACGUUUUAGUCUAUUCCCGAAUUUUGGAUUGCACUGGCGAUUCAUAAAGAUGGAUGCUCAGAACCUAACCGGAAUUUUCCCAGAUGCCAAACAAAAAAAAAGCAAGCUAAUGAAUCUCUUUUCGAUCAUAAAGAAAUAUACUUCUAUCAAAUGUUUGACUUUAAGAAGCUGGGUAUUCAAAGGUAUACAUUACUACUACAUACAUCUAUAAAUCAAAUUGCUGAUGAAAAAAAAA